GAGCUUAGUUUAUUCGAUGCGUGUCAAUACCGAGAACGUUUUGACUACGCCUUCGGAACGCGAUUUACGACAUCUGUCAAAGUAAACUAGUGAUCUUAAUAGUUGAAUUUCCAGAUUUUAGUGUAAACUUCUGUAGUGCGGUUUGUGACGAAUGAUUUAAUUUAUGAUGCUAGUGGGUACUUCUAUUUAGUUUUUCAUGUGAUGUUUAACGAACAUUGUGUAUAAUGACAGGAAUUUGUAGUGUUAUUAUGUUUUGUGAAUAAGUGGCUGCUGUGCCUGGUAUUCGACUGGGUACAUUCGUUUGUGGAUUAAAAAUAAGUACAAUUCAAAACCGCAAUGUUUAACUUCAUGAAAAAAUCUACCGUCUUGACUGGCGAUUCUGGCGGUUACGAAGAAAGAGACGGUGAUAAGGAGAGGAGAAAAAAGGAGAAGAAGGAGAGGAAAGAGAGAGAGAAACGGGAACGCAUAGCAGCUGGUCUCGAGGAACCUCUGAGACUUGAGGAGGUUCGAAGAUCUCUAAAACUGCGAGGGAGACGCAAAGAAAAAGAAAAGUUGCCCUCUGGUAUCACAGCAGACUAUACCGCCUCACUUUUUGCUCAUCUUGAACAGGAUUCUAAUUAUUCUAACUAUCCACUUAUUUCUACCUCGGGAUCUAAUUCAAAUCUUAGCGAUGAAAAUAACCACUUAUCGCCAGGAUAUCCGUCUCACGGUUGGACUAAGAAAGAGGGUGUGUUACAAUCUGAUAGCUCUGAGACAUCUCUCAACUCGUUAAAUAAUCCGAACAAUAUAAACAGUAGUCCUCGUCAAGCACCAAAUCUACCUCCUAUACCACCGCGUCCACCAAAACGCGGAAUCCUUAAAGGUACUCGUUUAAGUAAUACUAGUUCUAAUUCCCAAGAAAGCAAUGUCCAAAGUUCUGAUACUGUCGAUUUUGUCAAUGGUCAAGACCCAAACUUACUUGCUCGUAAUACUCAGCAAAAUGAAGUCAUCUCAUAUGGGAUCCCACCUUCAAAGAGUACUUCAUCGAGUGAUGAUAUGCAGCACGUGCAAAACUUUACCAAAAAAGUCAUUCAUAGCCCCGUGGAAAAUCAGUAUAAAAAUUAUAAAAAUAACACAAAUUCUUCGAUUAAAACACAAGAUAUAGAUGAGACACCAAAGACGAAUGGCAAUAGUUAUUUGGGCGUCACCUCGACGUCGCCUAGCGCUGAUUCUUUAACAGACACUACAACUAAUUCUUCAUUUGCCACGCCUCCAUUUUCCACGUCUCCUGUCGGUGAGUCUCAAGGAUUCCAUAGGUGGUCCAGGACUAGUACUUUUGAUGAUGUAUACUUACCAUUACCUUCUUUAAAACCUCUUCAUCUGCCUAAGCCCAGAGUGUUAACUAUUCAGCGUCAAAAAGCUCCUAGAAAUGACUUCGGAUUCAGUCUUCGCAGAGCGAUGAUACAAGAAAGAGUAUUCAUUGGUGAUAUGAAAGAAUUGACUGGAUAUGAAGAAAAUGGAAUUACCAAUGGUGAUAACAAGUAUGUUGGUAACAAUGUUAUUAUUAGUAAAUUAACUCACAAAGCCGUGAUACUAGCCGAGCCAGGCUCGUACCCUGGUGCUAGCGAGACUGGUCUGUUACCAGGAGAUAGACUUAUUGAAGUCAAUGGAGUUAAUGUAGAAGGGAAGAGCAGAGAAGAAGUUAUAGAUCUCAUCAAGAGUAGCCAGGACUAUGUUACUGUUAAGGUGCAACCAAUAGCUGAGCUGAGCGAAUUGUCACGUCGUCGUGCCGCGGAUGGAGGAGUCGAAGUGGAACUGUCGGACAGCAACGUGAGAGGGGGGACGCUGAGCCGGUCGGGCAGCAGACGGUUUACUAAUACCCAGGCAAAAUCGGAGGAGCAAUUAGAAUGCGAAAAGGAAUGGCUUCAAGCUGGUCACAUGUGGCUGGCUCAUCGUGGUGGUUUUACAGCGGUGGUGAGAGAAGGCGACGCGGACGCGGGCAGGGCGAAGGUCCGCGUUCUGCAGACUGGGGAAGUGAUCACCGUUGAUGAAGACGAUCUGGAAAAGGCUAACCCGCCUCAAAUGGAACGCUGUGAGGACAUCGCUUCGUUACGCUGCUUAAACGAGUGCGGCGCUCUACACGUACUGAGAUCGCGCUAUGCAGCCGCCUUACCUCACGUCCGCGCUGGCCAUGCUCUCCUGGUACUCGGACCGCCGAAACGCACCACACCAGUCUAUACGGAGAAGGUGGCGGCCAUGUUCCGAGGUUGUCGCAUGGACGAUAUGCCGCCCCACGUGUUCGCCGCGGCUCAAUCAGCUCACCGAUGCAUGCUGGCCUCAAGACGUGAUCGUGCUAUUGUGUUUCUAGGAAGGUCUGGCUCCGGUAAAACCUCAGCUAUGAGACACUGCGUGUGGUACUUGGCGAGUGCGUAUCCAGCUCAAGGCUCCAAGUUGACCCCUGAACGCUUAGAAGCGGCAUUUGACGUCUUGCACGCAUUCGGAUCAAGUCGGACAAGUUCGAACCCGCACGCGUCUCGGUUCGUGUCGCUGACGUCGCUGGACUUCGACGGCGGCGGAGCGCUGGUGUCGGCGUCAGUGCAGGUGCUGCUGCCCGACCUCAAGCCCGACCAGGCCGCGCUAAGGGCGCUAAACAUUCUUUUCCACGGCUGCGAUGGUCGGCUACGUCGAGAACUGCUUUUGGAUCAAGCCCCGGUGAACGCGCCCAAUCCAUACCUCAGUUCCACUGAAAAGGCGGACGCGCCGGCCGAGUUCUCGGCUCUGAAGGAAGCCAUGCAAUUAUUAGGUUUCACCGAGCAGGAACAGAUGGCUAUAUGGAAGAUUCUAGCGGCUAUUUGUCAUUUGGGAUGGGCUGGUGUUGUACGAGCGGGCCCGCGCUGGCAGUGGGCGAGCGCGGGCGCGGGCGGGCGCGCGGCGCGCGUGCUGGGCGCGGGCGCCGACGAGCUGGCGCGCGCCGCGCUCGCCGCGCCCGACGCGCCCGACGCGCCCGGCGCGCCCGACGCGCCGCCCGCCGACGCGCUCGACGCCUUCGUCGCCGGCCUCUACGGCGAGGCCUUCGCCAUCGUCGGCGGCCUCGUCGACAGGUCGCUGGCGACGAGCGCGCGCGUGUCGGCGUCGCUGCUGCUGCUCGACUCGCCGGGCGCCGACAACCCGAUGUGCGCCGGCCAGCAGAGCGGCGCCCCGCUGUCGAAGCUGCUGUCCAACUAUCUGCAGGAGCGUCUCCAAGCCGUGUUUCACGAGGCCAUGCUGGUGGCUCCCCGGGAGCGAUACGCCCAGGAGGGUAUCACGCUCGACGAUGGUUCUGAAGAAGACUGGUUAUCUGAGACAGUUAAUCCGGGACCAAUGGUAGACUUACUGGACAAGUCGCCGCAGAAUACGAUCGUGCGCAGUUCCCAAGCCGACCUACGUGAUUGCGAUCGUCGAGGUCUCCUAUGGCUCCUGGACGAGGAGGCCAUGUACCCCGGCUCGUCGGACGACACGUUCCUGGAGCGCGUGCUGGCGCACUACGGCGCGCCGCACCACACGCACUACCUCAUCAAGAAGGCUCCGCACAACCGGCAGUUCAUACUGCAACAUUUACAGGGGACGAAUCCUGUACUAUAUGAUGUCACCGGGUGGGUGAAGGCGAGUCGGGAAAAUCCCGCUACAAAGAAAGCUCAGACGCUCCUGCAGGAAAGUCAAAACGAGCAGCUGUGGCGCGCGGCGGCGGCGCGCGGGGCGGGCGCGGGCGCGGGGGACGCCACGCUGCGCCGCGCCGCGUCCGUGCGCCGCCCGCUCGCCGCGGGCACGGCGGGUAUGAAGCGGCGCUCGACGGCGUUGCAGGCCAAGUUCGUGUCGGACGGGCUCGUGGACACGCUGCGGCGCUGCGGCGCGGGCGGCGUGAGCUUCGUGUGCUGCGUGCUGGCCGGCGCGCCCGACGCCGACGACGUCAACGUGCCGCUGCUGCGCUCGCAGUUCCGUGGAUUCCAGUUGCUCGACUCGGCGAGAUUGUAUAAACAAGGAUUCCCUGAACAUAUGCCGCUUUCGGAAUUCGCUAGAAGAUAUCGCCUGUUGGCGACAUCGGAAAGUGAAAAUGCGGAAACGCAACAAACAGCCGCGCUGUCGGACCGGCAGGUCGUCGACGACAUGCUCCUCGCGCUGGACCUGGACGUCACGAGCUACCGGCUCGGCCUCACUCAAAUCAUGUUUCGAGGCGGAGUGGUGGGCGAGCUGGACGCGCGUCGGGACGCCGCGCUUGCUCGCGUGCUCGUGCGUCUCCAAGCAAGGGCGCGUGGUCUCCUCGCCCGUCGACGCGCGCAGAGAUUGCGCACACAACAUACAGCUGCCAGAUGCGUGCAACGCAACGUGCGUGCGUUCCUCGCGGUGCGUGAUUGGCCGUGGUGGCGUCUGCUCGUACGCGUCACGCCGCUCCUUGCCGUGCAUCGCACUGAGCACCGUCUAAAGCAAGCACAGGAGGAGUUGGAGACACUACGGGCUAAACUAGAUAAAGUUGAAAGCGAACGAACGCAUUACAAGAACGAGACGGAAAAAUUCGAAAAUAAGCUAUCAGAAGUCGGCGGAGAACUAGGGGAAGAGAGGGCGGCGGCGGCCUUGGCUACGGAGAGGGCGGAUGCUGAAGCAGCAGAGCGACUAAGAGUCGAGAGGGACAAUAGAGAACUGCUGGUCAAUAAUCAGAGACUGCAACAGGCAUCAGAACGCUUAGAGCUAGAGCUCUUACACUGGCGUUCCGCAGAGAACGGUGGUGCAGAACAUUCAGACUCCGAGGGAUCAGAAGCCGAAGUGGGGGGCAAUAGCGACAAGUACAAGAGGCGGUUUGAACGGGCGCACCGCGAACUGCAACUGUUGCGCGCGCAGCUGCGCCGACAACACGAGGACGACCUUGAACAGCUGGUCACCGUCAAGAAGCAGCUUGAGAAAAAGGUUCAAGAUGCGUACGAGGAAGUGGAGGAACAGCGUGCAGUUGCUGCGCAGUGGAAGCGGAAACUGCAGAAGCUCACAAACGACAUGGCAGACCUGCGCUCGCUCCUCGAUGAACAAACUUGCCGUAACAACCUGUUGGAAAAACGGCAACGUAAGUUCGAUGCGGAGCUGCACAGUGCGCAAGAAGAGCUGAAGAGGGAACGGACAGCCAAGGACAGGCUCUCGCGCGAGCGGGACCAGGCGCACGCAGAGAAAUAUGCGCUGGAGCAGAGCCUCUCUGAAGCUCGGAUGGAGCUCGAGCUGAAGGAGGAGCGGCUGUCGGCGGCGGCGCGCGAGCUGGAGGAGCGCGGCGGCGGCGGCGACGAGCUGGCCGCGCUGCGCCGCGCGCGCGCCGAGCUCGAGCGCCGCCUGCGCGACCAGGACGAGGAGCUGGACGAGCUGGCCGGCCAGACACAGCUGCUCGAGAGUUCGAAGCUGCGGCUCGAGAUGCUGCUGGAGCAGCAGCGGAAGGAGGCGCGGCUGGAGGCGGCUGCCCGCGACGACGAGAUGGAGGAAACGCGCGCCAACGCCUCCAAGAAACUCAAAAUGUUAGAGAGUCAGCUGGAAAGCGAACACGCAGAGCGCAGUCUGCUACUGCGCGAGAGACACGAGCUGGAGCGACGACUCGCCUCGCUAGAGGAGACCGCGCGAGCAGAGAACAUGGAGCAGGCGCAGCUCGUGCAGCGGCUUAAGAGAGAUCUCAAGAGAUACCGCGCCCUGCUGCGCGACGCGCAGACGAUGCUCGAGCAGAAGGAAAAGGAGGGCGGCGGCAAAGCGCAGAUCCGCCAACUCAAGAACCAGGUGGAAGACCUCGAGCUGGCCCUGCGCGCCGCCAACAAGGCGCGCACCGCGGCCGAGGCCGAGGCCGCCGAGGCGGCGGCGGCGCUGGACGAGGCGUCGCGCGCCAAGGCCGAGGCCGCCGAGCGCGCGCACGGCGCCGCGCGGGACGCCGCCGCCGCGCGCGCCGCGCUCGACGACGCCGAGGAGGAGGCCGCCGAGUUACUAAAGAAGUACCGCGCGAGCACUAGUUCGCUGUGCGCGGCGCAGGCGGAGGCGCGCGAGGCCGACAGUCGCGCAGAGGCCGCGGCGGAGGAGGCCCGCCAGGCUCGCGAGCGCCUCGCCGAGAUCAGCGCCCGCCUCGCGCACGCAGAGGCCGGACACUCGCACGAGCACCACGAGGCCGAGCGCCGUCUCGAGCUGCGCAACAAGGAGUUGGAGUCCAGCCUGGAGCUGGAAGCGACCUCCCGCGCCAGACUGGAGGGCCAGCUGGCGCGCCUGCGGGACGCGCACGAGCAGCUCGCCGGCGAGCUCGCCACCGCCCGCGCCAAGGAGCACCACGCCGCCGAGGAGACGCGCAAGCUCACCAGGCAACUCAGGGAGCUGAAGGAGGAGAACUCGUCGCUGAACGCGAAGCUGGGCGAGGCGAGCCGCGCGCGCUGCGCGGCCGAGGCGAGCGCGGCGGCCGCCGUGGCCGACCUGGCCGCCGCGCGGGACGACGCGCGCCUGGCCGCGCGCCGCGCCGCCGCGCUGCAGGAGGCGCUCGCCGGCGACCUGGCCAGCCCCGCCGACGAGCGCGACUCCGACAGCGACAACGACAGCUACAGCUCGGACGAGUCGAUCGGGACGUUCCUGGCGAAUCACAAGCUGAGUCCGUCGGUGCCGUCGCGCGGCAGCCUGCAGCUGGACUCCCAGAAAUCUCAGAGUCCCGAGGGUCGGCAGAGUCGCACCAGCGCCGGCUCCGACUCCAAGCCGCUGACCCCGACCAAGGAGUCGUUCGCAUAACGGCCGGCCACGGCGGGCGGGCUGCUCGCUAGUGCUCUGCCGCUGCUCUGCACGGCGCUCUGCUCUCGACCGCGCACGCACUCCACGCAUCUCGUCAUCGAGUGAACGAGUGGCGCGUGUGACGUCACUGCGGAGUACCGAGUGUCGUGCUACGUUGACUAAUCAUGUGUAUAGUGUAUGUUGUGACUGACUAAUUUUAGAAUGAUGUUCGAGAAUGUUAGUUCUGUAUUUAAUCACCAUUUUUACAGUCGAUCGAUGUUAACGACCACUGUUGACUAACUAAUCUGGAAGAGAACCGACGUCCCGUAUUGAAACCAAAAGAUACUAAAUUCACUGAAGUGCCAACCCUCGAUUGAUACCAUUCAUAGUUCAUAUUGUAACGAUGAUCAAUAAAAUGCGACGAAUCACCAGAACUAUAAAUGUAUUCGCCUCACUAUAUUAAAUUAUACAUAUAUGAAAUAUUAGAAAAAGCACUUUUAUACACUUUUUAACCAAUAUAAACAUACUUAAUGAACUAAAUAAUUUUUGUCACAAUCCUCAAAUAUUAACCGACGAUAAUAUUCUGCUCAAUAUUCAUGUUUACGAGGCUAUAUACUACAUUGAAUACCAUUAAGGUGACUCGGGCUUAUAAUAUUUCGAUUAAAGUUUUUACAUUUUUGCUAAAUAAUUACAAUUUGUUACUUCGCGACGGCUUAUAAUGAGCUAAUUUAGUGUGAAAAAUAAUAUAUGCAUUCCAGAAUUUAAUUUCUCAUUUGAUACAUACGAUAAAGAUCGUUUUUAUACAACAUAUAUGCAUAUUUAAUACAUGGCUUGACCUAAUUUAUUUAUAUUAGAUUUUCAUAGGUAAUAAAAAUCAAUUUUUUAGGAAUAAUUGCACUGUGGUUUCUAACCAGCCAGUCAGUAUUUAGAUUAUAUAGAUGGAACAGUUUAAUGUUAAGUUGAUUGUUAUUUAGUUAAUUAAUAAUUGUAAAUAACUAGAUUGCAAAUACAUUUUUUAUUAUUUAAUUUGUAAUAUUCGUGUGAUCAGACUGUUAUUAUAUGAUUUAUUUGUUACAAAUGAUUUGUUGUUUUAUAGUAGAUGAACAAACAUAUCUGUUAAAUAAUAGAAUUUUAUGACUUUCACAUUGACUGGUUUGUUCAGUGUUCUUAAUAUCAUAACGAAUUAGCGUUCAUAGACAAUUUUCACUUUUUUAUUAACAUUGACAAUGAUAUAAUCUACAAUGCCCGGGAAAUGAGAUACAAUAAUUAAUUUAAUAGCAUUAAUUUAUUAACAAAAAAAAAAUUUUUUUUUAUUAGUAAUUGUUAGUAAAAAAGUGAUCUUGUAUAAGUCUGCUUGUAGUGUACCAUUGUAUUAACAUUGUAUUUACUUAUAUUACUUCUAAAUCAUUAUACCAUUUAGAUAUGUGUCUGUAACCGCAAGUUUAUUAUCUAUAAUGUAUGAGUAAUGUAUGAUAAUAUGUGAUGAAAUGUUACUGCGUUCAUAUUGGUUGUAAAUUGAAAUAUUUAAUAAAGUAACUUACAAUCUU